AUGGCGUGUCCCCCCGCCGUGCGCGAGGCGUUUGCCCUCUUUGACAAGGACGGCGAUGGAGAAAUCAGCGGCAAGGAAAUCCUGAUGGUCAUCCGCUCUUGCGGUGUCAUGCCGACUCCAGAAGAGAUCAAGGCUCUCCCCGCGACCAUGAACUGGACCGAUUUCGAGGGCUGGAUGUCGAAGAAGCUGGCCUCCUGCAACCCCGAGCAAGACCUGGUGAAGGCCUUCAAGAUCUUUGAUCGCGCGAACGACGGCACAAUCUCCGCGGACGAGCUCGGACAGGUCAUGAAGGCGCUCGGCGAGCUCCUGACCGACGAUGAAGUGGAGCAGAUGAUCAAGGAGGCAGACCCGAACAAGACCGGUCGCAUCCAAUACGCGAACUUCGCCAAGCUCCUCGUCAGCUAA